AUGGUCCCCCUCCCCUCCCCGCCCCAUCUGUCACAUCCAUCUGACUACAUUGCCACCAACGCCGAAGAGUCACUCAAACUGGCGGUCCCGCACGAGACGUCCCCCUUCGUCCUCGGACUACGCGAGGCGGCCAGGACUAACGGCGUGGCAGUACACGUGGGCAUUCACGACGUGGCAACGCAUCAGGCCGACGCUAAGAGGCUGCUCAACCGUAACCUGUACAUCACGUCCGAGGGGAUCGUGGACGGCUCGGCGACGUACGACAAGCUCCACGUUUUCGACUACGGGUCCCUCCGGGAGAGCGCGACGGUCCAGCCGGGCGGCUCGCUGACGAGGCCGUUCGCCUCGCCGGUCGGCCGCGUAGGCAGCCUGAUCUGCUUCGACCUGCGGUUCCCCGAGGCGGCCCUGUCGCUCGCGCAGCCGGGCAGGCGCAGCCGGUGGCGAGACAGCCCCGCGCAGGUCGUCACCUUCCCGAGCGCCUUCACGCUCCGGACCGGCGCGGCGCACUGGGAGACGCUGCUGCGCGCCAGGGCCGUGGAGACGCAGAGCUGGGUCGUCGCCGCCGCGCAGGUGGGCCGCCACACGGCCACGAGGGCGAGCUACGGGCGCAGCAUGGUCGUCGACCCUUGGGGCAGGGUGGUGCUCCGCCUGAAGGGUGUCAAGGGCGAUGCUGCCCCGGAAGGAACCCCGGAGGGUGAGGCCGAGGAUGGGGCUGUCGGUGAGAUUGGGUUUGUUGACAUUGACAUUGAUGAGGUGGAGAGGAUCAGGAGGGAGAUGCCGCUGCAGAGGAGGGUGUGA